UUUACCUUCCCACCUGCGUCACCUGCGAUGGUCCGCGCUCAAACUGGUGCGAGGCCCUGAGCUGUUGGUGGUCGUUGGGCUGGCGGUUGGGGUGAUUGAGUGAACUGUUUGGGCCAGGACGUGCUGGCGAUGUCAGCAUGAGCGUGGCACCUGGCAACUUCACCGUCUACCCACCUGGUCAUCCCGCAUACGCGCCGGCGGCGUGGUCCGACUUCAGCGGCUUCUACAUUGGUCUCGGCAUCAGCCUGACGCUGCUCGUGCUGCUGGUCUGCACCAACUUCAUCUGCUGCUGCUGCUGCACCAAGUACAAACACUACAUUAGGGACCCGAAGACGGGGAACCGCUGGGCCUACCCGCUGUUUAUUAUGACGCCGAAGCACGCCGAGCCUCUUGACAUCUGAUCACCUGAUUGGCGUCGCGUCUCUUGUACUGCCGCUCAGCUGUUGAGGGUCUGCAGAAGCGCUGACCGCAGGCAGCUCCUCCCAGCUCAGCGAUGCUGCACGCCGCAUGGCCUCCGGUGGCCUGCCUGGCGCUGCUCGUCGUCGUCGUGAUCGUGCUGAUCCUCAAGUACGGCCACAAGUGCUUCGGCGCGCGCGUGACGACACUGCCGCAGCCGUGGGAGCGCCACGGCUCGCAGUACCAGUACCAGAUGGACGUACUGGACACGUCAGCGCGCCCCGAGGCCGAGACGCCGCUCAAGCAGCCGCUCGACCCCAGCGACCUCAUCGACACGCGCCAGCGCACGCUGCAGCCGGACGACUCGCCCGAGCCCGGGUACGGCCUGCCCGAGCCCGCCGACCUGCUGGAGGUCAGGUACGGCUCGCGCGAGCGCAUGGAGAUUAUCGAGCCGACGCCGCGCUACGCGUCGCGCGAGGCAGCCGUCUGAGGGCGCUGGCCACGGAAGCGCCUUGCAGUGGCAGCGAGGCGAGCCGUCUGGCAGCAGAAAAGGACCGGACGGUGUGGAGUUUGGCCGCGAUGGGAUGUGCCUGACCCGUUGGUGACGUUUAGAGGCUUGAAUGCGACGGUAGCGCGUGCAGCCGUUGAGGCGAGAGCGCGCGUGUUCUUCGGCGGUGUUGGUUUCGUCUGUCAGUCUUGUUAGACAUAGAUUCCCGCGCGUCCUGGUCUCGAGAAGGGCGUUUGACGGUGCCGAAUGACGCAAACUUAACAACUUUCCGAGAGAUGCUGCCCUAUGGGAAUGGAGUAGUUAACUUUUCUUGCACAGUCAUUGUGGCGCUAGCGUCGCUUGAGAUGGAGACCUCGAAGGACACUAGAUCGGCCUUGUUCGCUGGCCAAGCACUUGCACGUACAUAUUCAUGUUUACCCGCGCUGUUCGUAUCCCCCCCCCCCCCCCCACGUUUGGUUUAUGCUAAUCCUGGGUCAUUAAGUCCCUUGUGCCAAGCUCGCACAACGAUUCAGCUGUUGCAUGUUGUAUCUAACCAGGUGUAUCUGCAGGUUCGAGGUCAUUUGAAGGCUGCUGUCAGUUACGAAUUGUAUCUUAAAUGCGGUCUUAUUCAGAUCGUUUCGGAGAAGCAUUAUUUGCGUGUCAGCGACGUUAAUUUUUACAUGGGUAAUGACAAUGACCUUAACGGCAUUUAUCCGACAUGUAAUUUCGGCCCAGCGAUGUAUGUGUCAUCACGUUAUGGUGCGUUCAUGUUUGAAACAUUCCAUUUGGAUUAUUCCGUCCACGAAAUAUCGUCCAAGCGGUGGUGGGUGUUGACGCCAUGUUGAAAUCCUGGUCCAUUGGGUCAAAGGACCGAGCCCGCCCCUGCUACUGUACAGGAGUUUAACAUUGCAUUGUGUUACGCGAGUCCAUGGUAACAAGAGUGCGACUAUUUUAACAGCCCAUGCGUACGAGUGUGAGCUCGGGUUCUUGGAAAGCGCGUUUAGUUCGAGCCGUUAUCACGGUCUUCCACUUUUUGGCCCGAGCCCGUUAGUUUCCAAAAGGAUCGCACAAGCCGGAGGCGGACAUGGGGAGUCUGCUGAGUGGCGGAGUGCUGUGUCGUGGAUCUUUUGGGCGCAUGACCGUUUUGUGGCAGGUGGCUUUGGAAACAGCCGGGGGACGCAUGCGGACAUUUCGGCUACGGCUCGUCUUCAGCGCCUCUCUAGGUGGCUGCUGGAAGCGCUUCGCGGCCGGCGGUGUAUACCGAGUCCCCCUGGUAGCAUCCGAGAAAAGUCAUGAAGGAGGCCCAGAACCGAACUGCCUUUAUCCGGGACCCAGAGAUGAUUAUUGAUAUAGGGUCAAAUCACACGUAACCAAGGUCCGAGACCGCCCGGACUCGUAUCCAUGCAUGCGAGACAAGCCCGUGUGUUAAAGUCUCGUCCGUCGUUAAGAAUCUCAUCCAUCCGUCCGCACUCACCUGUGAUGCUUUUUUGUACGAGACGUGCCGAAAAUAUAUUUUGAACUCAGAGAUGAUAA